CAUACUUCCUAGUCCGGGGGUCUGGCAACAGUUCGCUAUUUCGGCGUUGAGUAGCGUUGCCAAGUGUAUGCGUUUACUUUUUCUACUUUUAAAACUAUUUCCAAAGCCAGACAUGGCGGCGCUUAGUUUUGUAAUUCCCAUGUCGGUAAUGACUCUGUUUUGGGGGAUUAUUGGUGGAGUUGUGCCGUGGUUUAUCCCCAAAGGACCGAACAGAGGAGUGAUAGUUACCAUGUUGGUGCUAACUGCUGUCUGCUGCUACCUGUUCUGGCUGAUAGCGAUCCUGGCCCAGCUCAACCCUCUGUUUGGACCAUCUCUAAAGAACGAUACCAUCUGGUACAUGUACUACCACUGGCCCUAGUCAACCAGUCUACCAGUCCUCUCCUACUACAGGGGAGGACCUGACUCACUGCUGUACACCAAUGAAGCCCUCACUCGAUCACCUCCUCACAAAGGGAACCAUUCUUGUACAGCUUAAGCCUUAACCCAGCCUUUGACACCUGACCUUAGUGAGAGUGGAGAGAUGCCUGCAAAGAUGAUUUGUACAAACGGAUCCCCAAAAGGACUUUCCUAGAGAAAUCCUCUUUAGUGCUUUAAGAAUAAAGUAUCAACCUUUGAUUUGUAUGGUA